GCAAUCAAAAACAUGACAAACAUCAUCUUUUCUAAUCGAAAACAUUCACUAAAUGCCCAUUAAACUUACAACAUAAACUCUUAAGCCCAAAUAGAUUUUAGACGACGACGUUUUGGUUCUGUAAAAUAAACUUUGCUUUGGUAUCUUCUUCUUCUUCUUCUUCUGCGUCUAUCCAAACUCAUCGCCGUCCGUCGUUUCAGGGUUUUAAUCGGAAAAUCGGAAACGAGAAGCUCGACAAUGGCGUCUCUGGCCAAGUUUCAAUACUGUGAGCAAACACUCCAAUUCCGACUAAACCCUCACCGUAAACCCCAGCCUAGACCUGUUUCAUACCGAAUCUUACAAAAACCUCCUCCGUCUCGCGCCAUCAGAGCUGCUUCGUCUUCAUCAUCCUCAAACCCUAAACCUUCUUUCCUCAAAACCACCUGCGUAACCCUAACAACAGCCGCCGCUUUGUUCUCCGCUUCCCUCCACCUCGCCACCAAACCCGCCAACGCAUCAACUCUCGUCUCGCCUCCUCCGCCACCACAAUCCACGGCGGUGGAUCUCUCUUCCGAUCAAAUCUCGUCGCGUCAAAAGGAAGAAGAAGCAGCGCUGGAGAAGCGUCUCAGUAACAAUCCAAACGACGUCGAAGCGCUUCAGUCUCUGAUGAAAAUCAAAUUCCAAACCAAAAACCUCCAACACGCCUUAGAGAUUCUAAACCGUCUGAUCGAAAUCGAACCGGAAGAACAAGAAUGGCGGAUCUUGAAAGCUCAGGUGCAAACCUACGGCGGAGAUUUCGACUCAGCUACCAAAGGAUUCGAAGAGGUUCUAGCCAAAGAUCCGUUUCGCGUCGAAGCUUACCACGGACUAGUAAUGGCUUACUCGGAAUCCGAAUCCAAGCUAUCAGAGGUCGAGAGCAGAAUCAACGAAGCGAUUGAGAAAUGCAAGAAGGAGAACAAGAAGAAAGAUCUUAGAGACUUCAUGUUGUUGAUUGCACAGAUUAGGGUUAUAAAAGGGAAUCCGAUUGAAGCACUUAGGGUUUAUCAAGAACUGGUGAAAGAUGAGCCUAGAGAUUUCAGACCGUAUCUAUGUCAAGGUCUGAUUUAUACAUUGAUGAAGAAGAAAGACGAAGCUGAGAAGCAGUUUGAAGAGUUUAGGAGAUUGGUUCCUGAGAAUCAUCCUUACAAAGAGUAUUUUGAUGCCAAUGUGCUCAAUACUAACAAGCUUUGAGUUUGCUUAGAAAUGUUGGGGGUUUGUAUUUGGAGUUUUGUCUUUUGAGUAGUUAUCAUAUUGAAGGUUUGAUGAUUGUUAUGAAUACAAGAAAUAAACACAUGCACGAUCAAGAAGUUGAGUAUUUUGUUAGUUACCCUACUUUUAUAUGUUUUCGAUCAGAUUCACAGAUCAAAAUUUUA